AUGGAUAUACUAAUUAAAACAAUUUCAUCAAAAAUACGAAAAAAUACAGAAAAUUUGAAACUAGACAAAAAUGUAAUCCCUAUAAAUGAUAAUGAAUUUAUUUAUUUUAGUGAUUAUUUGAUAGAUAAAAAAAAUGAUAAAAAAAAAAAAGAAAGUGAUAAAGAAAAAGAAAAAGGGAAAAACAAAAAAAAGGAGAAUGCAAAAGAGAAAUUUAGUGAAAUUCUAUACGAAUUGAAAAAAAACAUAAAAAGUAGGAAACUAAAUAAGAUUAUAAAAAAAACUACUUCUUUAAUAAAAAAAAGCAAGAUAAAUAGAUUAAUUUUAAAAAAAAAGAAAAAAUCAGAUGAUGAUAAUUUUUUAAAAGUUAGAUUCAUAAUUUAUAAAAAUAAUAAACGUAAUAUACCAUAUAAUGACAAAAAAGAGGAAGAAGAAAAUGAUAAGAAUUCUAAUAAGGAAAUAACAAAAGAUAAUGCACAUAAUUCUUCUAAUAAUAAUAUUAAAUCGGAUAUAUCCGAUGGUUUCUCAGGUAAAAGAUUUAAAGAUAAAUAUAGUGGGAAUACUGGUUAUAAACAAAAAAAAAGUCACAACAAAGAAUUUAAUUUAAAUUAUACUACAGAUUUUUCUAAUGAAAAGAAGUAUAGUAUGAUAGAGAUAAAAAAAUAUGAAAAAUUUUUUGUUGACGACAGAAAGGUUUUGUUGAAAUUAUUAAAAAAGGAUAAUAAAAAACAUAAAAGUAAAAAACUAAAAUUUAAAAGAGAAGAUAUAAGUGAAAAAGAAAAUAGAUCUAAUUCUGAAGAAACUUCAUUUAUAAAUAAGAAAUACAGGAAAUUUAACAAAUUAAAAAUGAGUUCUUUAGAAGAAAAACUACAAAAGGAUUCAACUCAUCUAUAUAAUAUAAAUAAAUCUACUUUUAGAAAAAAUGAGACUAAUUAUAAAAAACUUGACAAUAAAUUAAGAGAAUACGGAGCUAAUUCAGACAGUUAUAGUGUGUUAGAAAAAAAUAAUAAUAGUGAAAUAAAUGUAAAAGAUAUAGAAUGUUCACAAAAAUUAUUUUACAAAGAAAAAGAAGGAAGUGAUAUUACCGAUAAAGAAAAAUUUUUAGAUAGUAAUAAAAAAUUUGAAUAUUUCAGUAACAACUUUUCUGAAGAUGAUACUGAUUCAAAUGAAAAUAUAUUAGGUAAAAAUAUAAUAGAUUUGAAUAUUUUUAAAAAUAAGAUAAAAAUUUUUAGUAAUUUAAUUGAAAACAUAGAACCAUCAAGAAGCUAUAAUGUAGAUAUAAGCCAUCCUUUAUAUAAUUUUUUAUGUAAAAAUGAAAACUCAUACUUAAGUUCUAAUUGGCAUGAUAGAAUAAAUUUUGCCUUUCGUAAUAUAUGGGGAUUAAAGGAUUAUAUAUAUGAUGAAAAGACUGAAGGUGAAAGGGAAAAAGAAUUUUAUAAUGAAUUAGAGUCAUUUCAUAUGUCAAGUAAAAUAGGUGCAUGUGGACUAAUAUAUUCUUUAUUUUUAAAAAAUGAAAAAAAUAAUAAUUUUAUUAAUUAUUUCAAAAAAUGCUUUGUUAAGUUAUCAAAAGAAAAUUACCCACAUAUUUAUAAAAUUUAUAAGCCUAAAUUUGAUGAUGAUUUAGUGUUUUUAUUUGAUAGCCUUGUUUUUACAGUAAUAUUAGGAAGUGAAAAAAACAAUAUAAAUUACAAUACAGCAAGAAAAAUAUAUAGUAAUGAUUUGAAAGGAAAAAAUGUAUUAUGUGAUUGCAUAUUUAAUUUAAAAAAAAAAUCUAGGUUUUCUCUUCCUAUAGCUAGCCAAAUUGAUUUUAUGGGGAUACGCAUAAUUUCAGAACCUUUAAUGCCUUUGAAUGAAAAUGAAGUUCCCAUAGAUGUCAUUAAAGAUAUUUUUAAAAAUGUUAAUAUUAAUGAUUAUAUGAGUGAAGAAGAUAAAUCUUUUGUUCAUUGUCAAGAUGAUAUGAAUUAUAAUUAUGAUAGCAAUGAUAUUAAUAAAGAUUAUAAUAAUAAUGAUGAUAGAAAGAUAAAAAAAAUGAGUAAAUUAAAAAAAAAAAAAGAGGAAUAUUUAAAAAAAAAAAAGGAAAAAAUAUUUUAUGAAAGACUGAUACUAGAAAUAGAAAAGUAUGAUCUUACGUUAUAUGAUCAAUUAAAAGAAAUGAGUAACUAUGUAAAUUUCAAUUGUUGUAUUUUACCUUUUGGUUUAUCAAACUAUUUUGAAUGUAAAAUAUUUAAAAAAAGAAACAAUGUAAAAAUUUUUAGAUCGAUUAUAGAUAAUUUAUUUAUUAUAAGGGGAACGGAAGAGAUAUUACCUCCAUUUAUUUUUAAUUUUAAAGAAGAAAAUUUUACUACACGAUUAAGAUAUGAAUUUAUAAAAUACUAUUACAAGCGUCCUUUAUCUAACACUACCUUAGCAAUUAAUAUAAAAUAUAAUGAAUUUGAAGAGAAUGUAAAUAAUUUAGAUAUCCUGAAAGAAGCUAGUAAAGAAUCUCUUAAUAAUAUUGAUAAUUAUGUUAUACCUAAAAUUAUAAAUCUUAUAACAAAUUUUAAUGAUAGUUAUGAUAUAACAGAAACUUAUCAUUCUCAUGGGAUAAACAUAUGUAAUUUAGGUUAUUUACUAAAUAAAAAUAAAUCACCUGAAUUUCUUUCGGAAAUUAUAUGUAGAGAAAUUAUUUGCAGAACAUUAAAAUGUAUUUAUUACGAGCAUAUACAUUCUUUUAUAAUCAAAGUUUUAAAAAAAGAUGAACAAAAAAGUGAUAGUAUAAAUAAUUACGGUAAUAAUAAUAAUGUUAUUCAUAAUAAUUAUACUUGUAAUAAAAAUAUGAAUGAUGGUUUUAUUUGUUGUUGCGAAAAAUGUUUCACUUAUUUGUUUUUUUUUCCUGAGUUAGUACCUCAUGAAUUCAUAAUCCGAUUAAUAAAUUUAACUUUAAAUAUUAGUAGUGCAGACUCUUUAAAAUUUUGGAAAAAUAUACUAAUACCACAUUGCGUAAAAAAAUUUCAUAUUAACUUAACAGAUCAUAUCAAUAUAAAAGAAAUUGAAAUAUAUGGGUUAUUUAUAUGCAUAGAAUAUCAUUUUGGUAUUUCUUUUAAAAGAGAAUGUAAAAAAGAUUGUAAAGUUAAAUUACCUCUAACAUUGGAUGACAUGUCUAGUUUUUGUUCAAUAAAAGAUCAUCAUUUGUUUCCCAAUAUUGAUAAGCUAAAAAAUAUUUUUAAACCAAAUAUUAAUAAAAAAAAGCAUAUAAAUGAUUGUAAUCAAAAUAUAAAAUACGCAAACACUCAUAAUGAAAACAUAUAUAAUAGAAACUAUUCAUUAAAUUAUUUAAAUAAGACAGAAGAAGACAAGAAAAAUAGAACAAUAGAUAAAUUCAAAAAUGGCAACAUAAUAAACCACAUAGAUAAUAAAGAGAAAAAAUUAGAAACUAAAAAUAUAUAUUCAUUAUUAGAAGGAAUAAAAGAUGAAAAUAUAUCUUGUCAUACAAAUUCACAAAAUAAAGUAACAGAAAAUAAUAAUAAUGUAGAUAAUUGUGAAUUUCAUAGUUUUAAUAAAAAAUAUGACAGAAGUAAUAAAAGUUAUUAUCAAAAAACAAGCUUUUUUUUAUUUUAUCCUAAAAGCAAAAUAUGUUUCCCUAAAUAUUCUACGUGGUCUUAUAAAACAAUAGAAAAGCUAUUUUCUAACAUUAUAAUUCAAGAAAAAUUUAAAAUAAAAAAUAUUUUAAAAGAAAAUGUAAUAAAUAUAAUUGAUGUGAAAGAAAAUGAUUUCUUAAACAAAAAUAAUAUUUGUACUGUUGGUUCAUGUAGCAAAAUAAAAAGUUCUAUUUAUGAAUAUAAUAUUCCUUGUCAUCCAUAUUGUAUAUUAAAUGAGAAAAUGGUAUGUAUAAAUUAUUAUAGAGCGAAAAAAUCAAUUUUAUUAUUAUUAAAUAUUAAUAUUAAUAAAAAUAUAUUUGAAAUAACAAAAAAUUUUCUUUAUUUAGCAUACUUACACUUUGAACAUGGAUAUAUAAAAAAGUGUUUAAAAGUAUGUUAUUAUAUUUAUGAUACUAUUCCAAAUAUAGGUGUUCUAAGAAGAGACAUACUAAUUUUAAUUUUACAAUGUAAAGUUAAAGAAGAGAAAAUAGAUGACGCACUAAUAGUUUAUAAGCUAAUUGUUAUGUUCAGCAAAUAUUAUGAUGGAGAAUAUAAUAUAAGCACUUUACUAUGCAAUCUAUUAUUAGCUAAUUAUUACUAUGAUAAAGCAAACAGUAUAGUAUAUCAAUAUAAUAAUAAUAAAAUGAAGGAAAAAAGUCUAUAUAAUAGAAAUAACGAAAAAAAAAUUAAUAAUAUAAAACAUAAUGAUAUUAAUAUAUCUACUAAUGAUACAGGGGAAGAAAAAGAAGAAAUAGAGGAUAAAAAACUCGAUAAUAUUGAUUAUAUUCAAUUAAAAAGAAAAUAUUUCCUAAAAACAUUGUAUUAUUCUAAAGAAUGCUAUAAAAUUAUUUCAAUUGCUUUAAAUGAUAUUAUUUCCCAUUGGAUAUAUAUAUCUUCCUUAAUACUUUUAGGAAAUGCCUUAGUAUCUUUAAAUCAGUUUCAAAAAGCAAUAAUAUUUUACAGUUUAUCAUUACAAUAUUCCAUAAAAGGAAAAAUGCCUAAUUUUAUUAUUUUACAAAAUAAAUGUUUAUUAGCAGACUCAUUAAAAAAUAGUGGAAAUUUUGAAAAAGCAAUUGAAAUAGCUGAAGAAUGUUUGAAUUCUUUAGAUAAUUCAAUUAGUUCCACUCAUAAUUUAACUUUAUAUAUAAUUUUCCGAUUAGCUCAAAUGAAGCAACAUGUAGGUUGUAAAGAUUUAAUUUAUCCUAAUAUAUUUUUAGAUAACGUUCCAAAUGCUCAUAUUAAAAAAAAAAUUUCUUUGACUGAUUUUAUUACAUUCGAAGAAAAAUAUCUAAAUGAAAAAAGUGCCAAAUAUAGAAAAGAAGCUAUUGAUUUAUAUACUAAACUAUAUUACAGACUAAGAAGUAAGGGAAACUAUAGAGUAGUAUGUGGAAAAGAUAUAUUUGGAAAAUUUUAUACUAAAGAUGAUUUAUUAAGUAUAGAAAAUAAUACGAAUAUUUUAGAAGAAAAUAUCGAAAGAAUUUCUGUAGUUAUAAGAGAAAUACUAAAAAUAAAAAUAGUUUCUCUAAGUACUAAUAAUCAACUUAUGUUAGCUUCAAAAUUACUAGCAAUAGUUUUAUCAAAGAAUUCUUCUUCUUUUGUUAAAGAAUUAACAUUAAAGAAAAAAGGAAUAUAUAAAGAUCUUUUAUUUAAUCAUAUAUAUGAACUUGAUAGCAUAAAUGAGAAACUAGAAGACAAUAUUAUUUAUAAUGCUAAUAAUCAAGUAAAUUAUAUAAAUGAAAUUUAUAAUAAUGAUUAUAUGUAUGAUAAAAAAAAAAAAGAUACUAUGUUAAAUUUUCAACUUAGUGAUUUCCAUUUAAACAGACAAAAAAUUUUUUUUGACAGAAGUUGCUAUACAAAAGAAUAUGAUCUUAUAUCUAUUGAAAAAAUAUUAUUUGAUGACACUUAUUUUAGUAUAGAAGAUAUAUGUAAAUAUUGUUAUUUAAAAUGUAAUAAAUAUAAUAAACAAAACUUAGAUGAAAAUAACUCUAAUUCUUUACUAAAUCCUAGUAAAUGGUUUGAUAUUCUGUUUUAUAAUGUAAUGAAAAGUACUUGUGAUCAUUUACAAUUACUUAUAUUAAUAGAUUUAACUAGAAUUUUUCUAACACCUCUACAAAAACAGCUUCUUUUAUUUCGUGUAAAAUCAUUAUGUAAUAUUAAGGAUAAUGAUAAAUUCUCAGAAUAUAUACAAUAUUUAUUAAAUAAUGAAGAAAAUAAUAUUUUACAUUUAACCAAAUUUUUAAAUAACAAGAAGAAUUUUUUUUUUGGUGAUAAUUUACCAAAGGAGUUUUCAAAUAUUUAUAAAAAGGAUUUGAAAAAAAAUAUUGAUUUCCUAUCGAAUAUAAUUGUAACUAAUCCAAAGUUUCUGACAUGCCCUAAUGAGUUCACAAAUUCAGAUUAA